CCACUCAGAGCGAGGCUAAGAAACCCGUUUACCCUGUCAACUGAAUCCGAGUGGCGGGAUAGGAGAAUUCUUUCGCUCCUCUAAAUCAGCCCCACCCCCUCCCGCUUCUUUUCUCUCCUCUCCUCUCAAUCCUACUGAAAGGGCUGGUUUGUUUGCGCCCCCCUUCCCGUCGAGCCCGAUGUGUGAGUAAAGCAAACCACCGACCAAUAAGAACAGGCGGUACUUAGAAAGUGUGUAAAGCCGCCGGCUGGCGUGCGGAGGAGGAGGUCGAAUGAGUAAAAUGGCGGCGCAGGAGGUGAUGUUGCCGCCUCAGCUUGCGGGCAAGUUGAAGGGGUGCGUCCCGUCUCCUCCGCGACCUCGUCGAGGCUCUAUGAAGGGGGGGGUUUGGAGAAGGGUAAAUCGUUGGCUAGCAGGGAAGGGCCAUAAACUACCAGGGGACAACGGUAGUUUUCUUCGGACGUCCCUUUUCUUCGUGCCUCGCCGUCAGGCAGCCGCUUGAAGCGACUACAAACGCCAUGUUUGUGUGAGCCGCCGGACUGAUCGCUGAUUGACGUUUUUGCCCUUGUCUCCAGUGACACGUUUCCUUUGAACGGAACGCCCACUUCCAAAGCUGGCUCUCCUUUUUAACGCAAGACUUUAAUAAGAUUUUAUCUAAUCUAUUAGAUUUGCGCAGAAUCAUAAGCAUUUCUCUCAUUUUGUAAAUCUCAUUGUGUUCAGUGGGUCUUGCGUCGCAAUAAGUGUUUUAUGUUUGGAAGGGCGAUAGCUUAGAAUGCGGAAUAUUUAAAAUAACUGAAGGAGGAAGGGCUGAAGGGAGCAUGGAGUGCCCGUUGCAAAGUGACAGUUGAAAGAGGGAGAGGAGCAGCGCUUCCGUACAGCUGUUUGUUGUGGACUUGGUGCUGCUCAUUGUCUCAUCAAAAUGCUGCCCCAUAUUAUUUUCCUACUUAAUCUGGAUUUACUGUUUCCGUGGAAAAUCACACACACACCCCUCUCUGCAGGAAUUGCUGUAUGAAAGGCAUUGAAGCAGAGAAGAAAGUUAUAGACUCUCUGUCCAAGUUACUGGAUGAACUGCAGACAGACAAACCAUUGAUUGCCUUGAAUGAUAACCUCCCUGACACUACUCUGUGGAACCAGUGCUUAGAACAUCAUCGAAAUUUGUCUGAUGGACCACCAAGCUGGUUUCAAUCUCCUUGGUUAUAUACAGAGUGUUACAUGUAUCGUAGAAUUCAUGAGGCACUUACUCAAAACCCACCCAUCAGUGAAUAUGAUGUAUUUAAAAAGGAAAAGGAUCAUGGUUUCUUUGAAUCUGAGCAAGCUAUUAUUGUUUUAAGCACCUACAUACAAGAGCUGUUGAAAAACAUAGAGGACCUAGAUGAAAAAUUCCUGAAGGAGGAAUUUUUAAAGCUGCCACAGGUUUCUCUUUGGGGUAAUAAGUGUGAUCUUUCACUGUCAGCCGGUGCAGAUAGUUCUCAGAAGUCUGACCCAUUACAAUCUGUUGAAGAGUUAAAAUCUUUUAUCUUGGUGGAUCACAUGGAAAAGCUUUGGUCAGUGCUUACAAACAAAAAGAACCUGAAUGCACAGAGUACUAGACUUGACAUCGUCCUGGAUAAUGCUGGCUUUGAACUUACUGCUGACCUUGUACUGGCUGACUUUUUGUUAUCCUCCCAGCUAGCUACUGAAAUUCAUUUCCAUGGAAAAAGUAUUCCGUGGUAUGUGUCGGAUACUACAAAGCAUGACAUGAACUGGACAAUUAAGCAAAUGCAGUCAGCUAAUCACAAGUGGAUGUCUAGGUGUGGUGUCUGCUGGGAGGGCUAUAUGAAAAAAGGUGCUUGGGUUUAUCAUGAUCACUUGUUCUGGACUUUGCCGCAUGAAUAUUCUAGGAUGGCUCAGGUUGCUCCUGAUUUGUACACCGAGUUGCAGAAAUCAAAUUUAAUUAUUUUUAAAGGUGAUUUGAACUACAGAAAGUUAACAGGUGACCGGAAAUGGGAAUUCACAGUCCCAUUCCAUCAGGCCUUGAACAAUUUUCAUCCUGCUCCUCUCUGUAGCUUGAGAACACUAAAAUGUGAUAUUCAGGUUGGGUUGAAACCUGGGCAAGGUGAACAGCUUACUAAAACGGAACCUGAAUGGAUGAUCAUUGGGAAAUAUGGAAUAGUUCAGUUUGAUGCUGCUUCAUGAUUGGAUUGCAAAGUAUGAAGGAUAGUGCUGUACUCAACACUUUUCAUGAUGGUCGAGGUUGGAAGACUUAUGGGUGUUCCAUAUGCAUGUUCUCUUUUUUCUUCUACAGAUCUUAAGAAGAUUUUUUAAGGGGUGUCCAGUUGUGACAUUUUACAAACCCUUUUUCGAUAUUAUUAAAAUAUAUCAGAACUACCUUAAAGAUUAUAUUUCCUCUAAAAAUACUUAUGGACAGAGCGGAAAAGUGAGAGCUUCUUCAAUAGCUGACAUGCAUCUGACCAUUUAUUGUUUAAACUGUUAGCCACUUUAUUCUGUUUUAAGUGUUUGUGCAGCCCUUUGCCUUAUGUUGAAUGUCAAGUUUAUAGUUCUGCGGCAGAAGUCUUUAAAGCUGCUUGAACCUUUGGACAAAAUUAAAUAAAA